AUGAGACCAAUAGACUCCAUAGUUUCCAAGUUCAGAGUGCAAAAGCAUACAUCAAACCUUGCUGAUAAUCCGGCUGUUCUAAAACACCCAGAGGAUAUGCCAAAAUUAACAAGUUGUCUAAGGUGUAGGAAAUUAAAGAAAAAAUGUGACAAGAGUACCCCACAUUGUUUGAAUUGUGAAAAUGCAAAUGAAGAGUGUACCUAUGUGAAACGGAAACCAAGGCAAAGUAAGAACGGUAAGACAACGACCCUGGAAUCUUCUCUAGAUCCUCCUUCACCAAUGGUGAAUGAAACUUUUACAGGUUUUUCGUAUCUUAACCAAUCCCAACCUAAUGAUUUGUUUAGACAUAUACCAUCAGCUACCACCAACACAAGCACAACUACAUCUACCGUAGCAGCAGCAGUACCACCAACUACAAAUACAAGCGAAUCUGUAUCAUCAUCUCGAUCUCACACACCACCGAUAUUAAAUUCAAUCGAUGCUAGAGCUCCCAAUUUCCAUUCGUACCCGAAACAAAUUUCUAAAGUGCUAAUUAGUGCUGUGGGUAUUAAGACCAAUUCAAAUGUGAGUAUCAUUCCACCAAUAGUAGAUAAAGAUUUGUUAACAUCAAUAAUCGGUCUGUUUAUGCAACACAAUUAUCGAAUUUGUCCAGUGAUACACAAGAAAGAAUUUUUGGAGAAUUUUCAAAAAUUAUUUAAAGAAGAUGGAAUCGUAGAUUUAGAUUCUCAUCAUGAUCCCUAUGAAUUGUACAUGGUUUUGGCAGUUGGAAGUACUGGUUUAGAACGUACAGGAAUUAUUAGCAGAGACAAAAAAUUAUCUGAAUACUUUGUAUCGAUGGCCCUAUCGCAUGUUCAUAAUAAUUUAUCUACCAAUAGUCUAACUAAUGUGAGAAAUUUGACAUUGCUUGCACUAUACUCAUUUUUUAACCCAGCAGAAUAUACAUCUUGGGAAAUCAUGGGUAAGUUGACAAGACUAGCUAUUCAUUUAGGAAUGAAUCACAAGAUUCUGGAUCAAGAUGCAAGAAACUUGUCUUCCAAAGAAAUUGAAAUGAGAUCAAGAUUAUUCUGGUCAGUCUAUAAUAUAGAUCGUUUGAGUUCUGUUUCACUUGGAAGACCAGUGGCACUUCAAGAUGAUGAUAUAAAUGUCCCCUUCCCACAAGUUUUAGAAGAAGAUGAGACAGAGGAUAUUGCUGUAAACCGGUUAGUGAUCAAUUUGCGUAGAUUGGAAGGUAAAAUCUUGAGAAGAGUCCAUUCUGUCAACAUUUACAAGAAUUUUAUUAACAAAGAUAAACUGCAAGAAGAAGUUUGUCAGGAAAUAUUAUCAGAUUUACGUAAAGAGAUUGAAGAUUGGUAUUACCAGGUCAAAUCUGUUGAUAAUGCCAACACAUCCGUCAGACAGUCAGUUUCUUUCCAUUUACUGGUUCCUUGGUAUACUGCAAGAUAUAACCACUUGUUAAUCCUUUUGUAUCGUCCUUCUUAUUUAAAUCCAAGACCAUCACAAGACCUUCUUGAUAUUCUUGGUAAGUCAUGUUUAGAGACAUUGUCAUAUACUUAUAAAUUGUUCAAGGCCAAACUCUUACCGUUAAAUUGGACCACUUUGUAUCGUUUUUUGAUGGUAUGCACCACAAUCCUUUAUUGUUUGUGUAAAUGGGCCAUAGAUCUCAUGGAGUCGAAAACAGAAAUUUGUUACUGUAUUGAAAUUUUCCAAGCAUUUGGAAGUGACUGGAUAGUUGCAAAGAAAUGUGCUGAGGUGUUUAGAAAAAUUGAAAACAAAUUGCUAGAAAUUACUUUAUCAGACGGUCAUGUUAGCGACAUGGACAAUUUGUCCAAAGAACUAUUAGGUGCAAGCUCAUCAUAUCAUGAGAUAUUGAAUGUUCAUUCAGUUGAUCUUUGUAUCGAUACUGAUUUCAUGUACAAUUUUUGA